AUGAAUAGCUUUCUGAAACAUCACUCAACUGAUGCAUUGCUCUUCAACAUUUCUCUUAUGAGAACAAAAUUAAGAACUGGAGCUACCGUUAAAGAAGGCAAGAUCGUUGAAAUUAAUACAUCUCUUAAAGGAGGUUCUGUAAGCAUCGUUUGUGGUGCUGUAGAAACAAGAGUUGCACCUUUUGAAGCUACUAGAGUUGUUGAUUUUGAUUUCGUAGAGGAUGCUGUUGAACUUGUUGCUGUCGUAGAGGACACUGUUGAAGUUGUUACAGACGUUGUUGAUUUUGAUGUCGUAGAGGACAUUGUUGAAGUUGUUACAGAUGCUGUUGAUUUUGAUGUCGUAGAAGACAUUGUUGAAGUUGUUACAGAUGUUGUUGAUUUUGAUGUCGUAGAGGACACUGUUGAAGUUGUUAUAGAUGUUGUUGAUUUUGAUGUCGUAGAGGACACUGUUGAAGUUGUUACAGACGUUGUUGAUUUUGAUGUCGUAGAGGACACUGUUGAAGUUGUUAUAGAUGUUGUUGAUUUUGAUGUCGUAGAGGACACUGUUGAAGUUGUUACAGAUGUUGUUGAUUUUGAUGUCGUAGAUGAUAUUGUUGAAGUUGUUACAGAUGUUGUUGAUUUUGAUGUCGUAGAAGAUACUGUUGAAGUUGUUACAGAUGUCGUUGAUUUUGAUGUCGUAGAGGACACUGUUGAAGUUGUUACAGAUGUUGUUGAUUUUGAUGUCGUAGAGGACACUGUUGAAGUUGUUACAGAUGUUGUUGAUUUUGAUGUCGUAGAGGACACUGUUGAAGUUGUUACAGAUGUUGUUGAUUUUGAUGUCGUAGAGGACACUGUUGAAGUUGUUACAGAUGUUGUUGAUUUUGAUGUCGUAGAGGACACUGUUGAAGUUGUUACAGAUGUUGUUGAUUUUGAUGUCGUAGAGGACACUGUUGAAGUUGUUACAGAUGUUGUUGAUUUUGAUGUCGUAGAUGAUACUGUUGAAGUUGUUACAGAUGUUGUUGAUUUUGAUGUCGUAGAGGACGCUGUUGAAGUUGUUACAGAUGUUGUUGAUUUUGAUGUCGUAGAGGACACUGUUGAAGUCGUUACAGAUGUUGUUGAUUUUGAUGUCGUAGAUGAUACUGUUGAAGUUGUUACAGAUGUUGUUGAUUUCGAUGUCGUAGAGGACACUGUUGAAGUUGUUACAGAUGUUGUUGAUUUUGAUGUCGUAGAGGACACUGUUGAAGUUGUUACAGAUGUUGUUGAUUUUGAUGUCGUAGAGGACACUGUUGAAGUUGUUACAGAUGUUGUUGAUUUUGAUGUCGUAGAGGACACUGUUGAAGUUGUUACAGAUGUUGUUGAUUUUGAUGUCGUAGAGGACACUGUUGAAGUUGUUACAGAUGUUGUUGAUUUUGAUGUCGUAGAUGAUACUGUUGAAGUUGUUACAGAUGUUGUUGAUUUUGAUGUCGUAGAGGACGCUGUUGAAGUUGUUACAGAUGUUGUUGAUUUUGAUGUCGUAGAGGACACUGUUGAAGUCGUUACAGAUGUUGUUGAUUUUGAUGUCGUAGAUGAUACUGUUGAAGUUGUUACAGAUGUUGUUGAUUUUGAUGUCGUAGAGGACACUGUUGAAGUUGUUACAGAUGUUGUUGAUUUUGAUGUCGUAGAGGACACUGUUGAAGUUGUCACAGAUGUUGUUGAUUUUGAUGUCGUAGAUGAUACUGUUGAAGUUGUUACAGAUGUUGUUGAUUUUGAUGUCGUAGAGGACACUGUUGAAGUUGUUACAGAUGUUGUUGAUUUUGAUGUCGUAGAGGACACUGUUGAAGUUGUUACAGAUGUUGUUGAUUUCGAUGUCGUAGAGGACACUGUUGAAGUUGUUACAGAUGUUGUUGAUUUUGAUGUCGUAGAGGACAUUGUUGAAGUUGUUACAGAUGUUGUUGAUUUUGAUGUCGUAGAUGAUACUGUUGAAGUUGUUACAGAUGUUGUUGAUUUUGAUGUCGUAGAGGACAUUGUUGAAGUUGUUACAGAUGUCGUUGAUUUUGAUGUCGUAGAUGAUACUGUUGAAGUUGUUACAGAUGUCGUUAAUUUUGAUGUCGUAGAGGACACUGUUGAAGUUGUUGCAGUUGUUGUUGAUUUUGAUUUCGUAGAGGACACUGUUGAAGUUGUUGCAGUUGUUGUUGAUUUUGAUUUCGUAGAGGACACUGUUGAAGUUGUUGCAGUUGUUGUUGAUUUUGAUUUCGUAGAGGACACUGUUGAAGUUGUUGCAGUUGUUGUUGAUUUUGAUGUCGUAGAGGAUAUUGUUGAAGUUGUUGCAGUUGUUGUUGAUUUUGAUUUCGUAGAGGACACUGUUGAAGUUGUUGCAGUUGUUGUUGAUUUUGAUUUCGUAGAGGACACUGUUGAAGUUGUUGCAGUUGUUGUUGAUUUUGAUGUCGUAGAGGACACUGUUGAAGUUGUUGCAGUUGUUGUUGAUUUUGAUUUCGUAGAGGAAACUGUUGAAGUUGUUACAGUUGUUGUUGAUGUUGAUUUCGUAGAGGAAACUGUUGAAGUUGUUGCAGUUGUUGUUGAUUUUGAUUUCGUAGAGGACACUGUUGAAGUUGUUGCAGUUGUGGUUGAUUUUGAUUUCGUAGAGGACACUGUUGAAGUUGUUGCAGUUGUUGUUGAUUUUGAUUUCGUAGAGGACACUGUUGAAGUUGUUGCAGUUGUUGUUGAUGUUGAUUUCGUAGAGGAAACUGUUGAAGUUGUUGCAGUUGUUGUUGAUUUUGAUGUCGUAGAGGACACUGUUGAAGUUGUUGCAGUUGUGGUUGAUUUUGAUUUCGUAGAGGACACUGUUGAAGUUGUUGCAGUUGUUGUUGAUGUUGAUUUCGUAGAGGAAACUGUUGAAGUUGUUGCAGUUGUUGUUGAUUUUGAUGUCGUAGAGGACACUGUUGAAGUUGUUGCAGUUGUGGUUGAUUUUGAUUUCGUAGAGGACACUGUUGAAGUUGUUGCAGUUGUUGUUGAUGUUGAUUUCGUAGAGGAAACUGUUGAAGUUGUUGCAGUUGUUGUUGAUUUUGAUGUUGCAGAGGACGCUGUUGUUGGUGAUGAUUGUUGGAAUGAAGGCUAUAAUAAUAUGCCGUUAAAUAUGAUGAAGUCGGUGAAAAUAUCGGAAGAUGGGAAAUAA